AUGGAUGUGAUCUGCAAGGAGGGGCUGCUGUACCUCCAGUGCUUCAAGUUCGGAAAAAAAACGUGGAGAAAAGUAUGGAUGGUGCUCUUCAAGCCCAGCUCCACUGGUGUGGGCCGGCUGGAGUUCUGUGCUGCGUCCGACAGCACUACUCUCACCGGUCGGCAGAAAUCCACAAAAUGGAAAGUGGUGCGUUUAAGUGACUGUGUCAGCGUGACUCCGGCUGCCAGGGAGGCCUGCCCUGCUGGCUGCACAGCCUUCAAACUAAACGCCAAGCAGUGCCAUUACAUCUUCGCCUCCAUGUCAAGCCAGGACUGGACCAGCGCUCUCUGUCUUCUCGCUUUUCAGAGAGAUCCUGGAGGCUCUGACAAAGGGGAUUUUGAGGGAGGAACUGGCUUGACCAUGGAGGAUAAUGACCUUUACUCAUCCUGGAAGAGAGACAGGACUCCGCCUCCAAACCAGUAUGAAGUGAUGGUCCAGAGCACCGAGGCGUCCAAGUGGUGUAAGCUGGCUGGAAAAUAUCUGGUGUCCACAACCACGGAUGAGCUGGUUCUGAGCGACAUCGGUACUGGCGGCGUCAUCUUCUGCUGGCCCUACAAGCUCUUACGCAAAUUUGGACAAGUGGAGGGGGGGUUCAGCAUCGAAGCAGGUCGACGCUGUGACUCGGGAGAAGGCGUGUUCAUCUUCCAGACCCAGCAUGGUCCACAGAUCUUCCAGGCCAUAGCCGAUCAGUGUUUGUUGGACAAGGAGGCGAGCGACCGCAGCCAAUCAUUUCCUGACAUCAGAGACACAAACAACAGAUCUGCUGACGAACACUACAUAAUGUGCGCCCCCUCCUCUGGGGACUGUAUGAAGCAUCUGGGUCUCGUCAAACCUUAUCUGUCCAGCAGCAAGGAGGAGGUGGGGGAAGUGGGGGAGGAAGGCGAGGACGAGGAAGAGUGCUGUCUCUCCCUGGAGGCCAUGAACUGGGGAGACGACACUGAGGACAGCAUUUAUUACAACCUGAGGAGAGCCACGCCCCCUCCCAUCAGGUUCACCGACCCCCCGAACCUGGACUUCAUCCACCCGGGGUACAACACCCAUGCAGUGGACGAAGCGAAGGAGACGGAGGACGCCGUCAGCUGCUCCGCCCAAGCCGUCCCCACGGAGGCCCCCGGCAGUUUCAAACACAGGCUGGCUGAAAUAAUUUCCAAGGACCUGGCAAAGUUCCAGCCCCCUCUACCCCCCCGAGCAGGCAGCCCCACGCCCCUCCAGUAG